AACAAAAGAUGAAAAUAUUCACAUAAAUCGUUUAAAUAAAUAAAAAUAUAAAUUUCAAUUACGUACACGAUCAACAGUGUUUUAAAUUAACUGUUUGUUUUACUCUCGGCAAGUUGUGUUGUCAAAAAAGUGAAGAAAUAAAAUUACGGGCAACUCCUACAAGAAUGGCUACGUUUUCAAGUAAUAGUGAUGAGGAAAAAGCCAUUGAUUUGGCAGAUUUGGGACAAGAGUUAGAUCACGAUGAGUUUGAUGCCCCUACCACAUUGAAUGGAGAUCGUCAAUUAAUAGCUCCUCCAGAGACAGAAUGGUACCAUGGUCGAUUAGAUAGGUAUAGUGCGGAGCAAAGAUUGAGAACUAAUAAUGUUUUAGGCAGUUAUUUAGUUCGCGAGAGCGACCGCAAACCUGGAUCUUAUGUACUAAGUUAUUUGGGUCGUACAGGAAUCAAUCAUUUUCGAAUAACUGCUGUUUGUGGUGAUUUUUACAUUGGUGGACGUCAAUUUUUUUCUCUGAGUGAUCUAAUUGGUUAUUACACAUCUUGUAGUGACUUGCUUAAGCGCGAACGACUGAUUUAUCCUGUAGGACCACCAGAGCCUGUCAACGAUAAGAAAAGAGUGGUAGCAAUUUUGCCAUACACAAAAAUGCCUGAUACAGAUGAGCUGACAUUCCAAAAGGGAGAUAUUUUCUUCGUUCACAAUGACAUGGGCGACGGAUGGUUAUGGGUAACGGCUCACCGAACUGGCGAACAAGGAAUGAUUUUUCGUGAGCUUGUGGAAGAUUUAGAUAUCAGCAUUGACCCUAACACGGUAUUUUCAUGGUUCCACCCGAAUUGUACCAAAAACGAAGCCGUUGAUAUGCUUGUGAAAGCUGGUCCGGGCAGCUUCUUGGUGCGCCCUAGUGACAACAGUCCGGGAGACUACUCCCUUUUCUUUCAUAUUAACAAUCAAAUACAACGAUUCCGAAUCGAAAAGAAAGGUGUUCGGUACUUAAUGGGUGGUCGAACCUUUGAGUGUUUGGACGCUGUUAUCCAUAGAUAUCGAAAAGAGCAAAUUGUCGAAGGUUACACUUUGCAGCAUCCAGUGCAAGCUGGAGCGGCACCGGAUUUCCAUGCACCUACGCCUCAAUCGAUUGCAGCCGAAAAGAUUUAUGCCACACUCCGAGAAUGUCGUGACAUGAACUUGUUAAACAAAAACAAGGGCAUAAAACAUAAUGGACAUCUGCAGAAAAAAUCUGAUAAGACUGCAAAAUGGAAGAAUCUAUGGUUCGCCUUAAUUGAAGAGGGGUGUGAAAUGCAUUUAUGUUUUUAUGACAAUCCUAAGAAAACUAAGCCAAAAGGACUAAUUGACUUGUCCUGUGCCUAUCUAUAUCAGGUACAUGAGUCACUCUUUGAAAGACCAUUCUGCUUCCAAAUUGUUGAACGUGCACUUCCAUGUCUCGCCACAAUUACUUAUUUGUGUGCUGAAAACCAGGAAAAUUAUGUUGCUUGGAUAAACGCUCUGAAGCCACACUGUGUCUCGCAGUUAAGUAAAGCACAGUCAAAGGUGCCAAAAUUACGUGAAUUGCGUUGUUUGAAUUUGCAGGUGCUAGAGGCACAUCGGUUACCAUUUAAGCUAGUGCCACAUCCUUAUUGUGUCAUAUCUUUAAAUCAGGUACGCGUCGGGAAAACUCGUGUCAAAUCAACGCCAGAUCCCGUGUGGGAGGAAGAUUUUGUGUUAGAUGAUGUACCUCCAGAUGCGGCCACGAUAAACAUCACAGUUUUAAGUCGCGGCAAACGAGGAAAAGACUCCGAAGUUGCAGAACUAACAAUAGAGUUAUCAAGCCUCAAAAAUGGACAAGAAAUUGAAGAAUGGUAUUCUCUUACGGGUUUGACUCCAAUGGGAGAAUGGGGCUCUCUUCGUCUUCGUAUACGUUUCGUGGACGAUUUGGUGAUGCCCUGUGAUGAGUAUAGUCCUUUACAACAACUUCUUCUUGAACCAGAACUCACAUCUGUUAAAGCUCUCUCUGAAUUGUGUCACAAUGAUCGUGCACCACUCGCUACGUCUCUUCUUCGUAUAUUCAAACACGAAAAACGUGAGACAGAGUUAAUACGAAUACUUUGUUUACAGGAAGUUGCAAAGGAAAGUGAAACAUCGACCCUUUUUCGUGGCGCUAGCUUAGCAACCACACUUAUGGAUUUAUACAUGAGAACCGAAUGUUAUGCAUUUCUACAUUCUGCUCUCUCAGAUACCAUUCAAAGAUUGUUGGAGAGCAAACAGUCUGCAGAGCUAAAUCCAACAAAAAUGGAUGUAAGCGAUGAUGCGUGUUCGAAUGCCGAAUUCCUGCUAAUUGUACUUGAUCAAAUCACCCAAUCAAUUUUUACGUCACCAGAGUCAUGUCCACGAUCAGUCAGAUUCAUAUGUCACUGUUUACAAAAAGCUGUUAUAGCUAAAUGGCCAAACGAACGUCUAGUCAGAACAAGGGUCGUUUCAGGGUUUAUUUUUCUCCGAUUGCUUUGCCCCGCACUGUUAAAUCCACGACAAUUUAAUUUGGUUAGCGAGACACCUCAUCAAAUGGCAACACGAUCGCUCAUUAUGGUUGCUAAAUGUCUCCAAAAUUUGGCGAAUUUGAUCGAGUUUGGCGGAAAGGAACCCUACAUGGAAGUUGUCAAUCCAUUUAUACUAAAGAAUAAAGAGCGAAUGAUUGUAUUUCUCGAUCAACUAUCUAACGUGACGGAUCCAAAUCCUAUUCCGGGUGGCAUAAUUUUAGAAACUCCAAAAGAAAUUCAACAAUAUUCAGACACGGGCCGUGAAUUGGCGACAUUACAUCAUAUCUGUGUUUCAUAUUUGCCGGACUUGCAACAAAUGUCUAAAGCGAACUCAUCAAUCAAAAAAUUAGUGACAGUCACCGAAAUGCUUUCAAAACACAAAUUAAAAUAUCGCGAAAUGAUAAGUUAAUCAGACACUUGACAGAACUAAAACUAGCUAACGUUGUUAAUCACAAUUAUGAUUAUGAUAAUCGCAUAAAUUAAUUUACUCAGCGUAUACUUAUACUGAUUAGAAUAUAUAACUAUCAUACUUUCAUUAGAUCAACGAUUUCAAUAUAAAUUCAGUCAUAAGCAAAUAACCACUUAGUAUUUAAUUAGGAGAUAAAAUACUAAUUAACCAAUCGAAGUCAAUAAUUCAUAAACUAUACAUAUGUUCUGCAUUUUGCUAUUUUAUUUUUUUAUGUUGUACCUACCUACGUAUUUUCGUUUUCAUAGAAUCAAAUAUAGGUAAUAUGCUUAAACCAUUUUAGAUUUAAAAAUAUAUGAUUGUCUAUAAAACCAAAAUUAUGAUAAAGAAUCUGACCUUGAAUAUUAAGAAAUUAAAAAAAAAUCAUAUUAUUAGCCUAAUUCUAAUAUUCAACUUCAACUCUUUAAA